GUUUUUAAAAGCGUCUUACGCUAGAGCUAUAAAACUGUGCAAUUAUUGUUUUUUAAUUAUUUCGUAUUUGAUUUUUGCGGCAUUUGAUUGUGAGAGAGUUAAAAUGAAGGGGAAAAGUUUACUCGUUUUGAUCAUAACACUGUUAAACGUCCAACAGCAUGGUGUUUUCUCCUUUGUUAACACAAACAUUCAUUUACCAAAAUACACCUCAUCCUUCCAGACGCGGUCUUUCAAAAGCAGCUUCCCCCAGCUAUUCCAGUUUGAAUCCAUUCCCUCCACCUUCCCUUCUUUGGGCAGUUUAGCAUCCUUCCCAUCCCUGGAUAAUCUAGGUUUUGACAUAGAAAAAGACUUGGAGAAGUCCCUCAAACCCAUGAAACUGACCCAAGCUAAAACAUCGAUGGGCAACGGCGUCGGAGGUGUCACAAUAAUCGACGCUGUUGGCAAACAGUUGAUCAAAAAAGACGGAACACUUUUGGAAUGCUUGGGCAAAAUCACCACUCAACAACCGUUCUGUCUAGGCGAACUUAAACGCUUCCAGAUUAAAUUACGCAGUGAUUUUUGCUUCUCGGAACAUUAUUCAAAAAUCAACAAUUUCUUGUGCAUCGGACAGCCUGAUCACACUGGGAUUACUUUCAAUUCAAUUAACGGGAAAUAUUCUUGCAGAGGUUCGGAUGAAAGACCGGCGGUUUUGAUGGCAAUUAACGAGUACCAGAAUUUGUGUGGGAAAUUACCGUGGGGUAACACUUAUUAUUAUUUCCCGGAUCCGAAGCACCCCUUCCAUGUGCAGUUGCCAGAUCCGGACUUGAAAUGUAGGGAGAAUACCCCCGACGUCUGCGUUUUCAACUUGGCCCAAAAGUAAUUUUUUAAUGUUAUGAUUUGUAAUAUUGAAUAUUGAAAUAAAUAGGUUCACAUGUGA